GAAUUUUCAACUUUCUACGACAAUUUUAAUUCAUUUUCUCUUCCAAUAGACUAUUUAAAGGUUCCUCCUCCAUAUUUCACAAUUGUAAAUUUCUAUAAAUCUCUAUUCACUUCACAAUAAUUCCUUUCCAGACCGCGAAAAGUGCAAUCUGUCACCCGCCUUCAAUUCAGUUGGAAAUCACGAACAAUCCAUCGGAAAUAUUAUAAGACUACAUCCAUUCUUUUAUUACAAACCGAAAACAUGGGAGAACUCGGUGCCUCAUCCCUUCUCAAAAUUGCCAAAGCAGCUUGUAUAAAAGCUGCUCCAGGUAGGCUUGUCUAUUCCUUUCAAUAUCAUUCCGUCGCUAAUAUAUUUUAGGUCUUACUGACAUCGGAGACGUUCAUUACGAGCUAAUCCGUCCUAUACUCAAGAACCCAGUAAUAAAUCCCGAACAGCUUCACAUAAUUGAACUUAAUUCUCCACAAAUAAAGGGUCAAGAUGCAGAACUUUGGAGAGCUUUCAUCGCUCGGGACAUUCCUAAUUGGCGAACAAAGAAUUAUGUACCAAGGGACCCUACGAAGUGGUACGAAGUGUACCAAAGAUAUAAAAACGAGCAUGAAGUGGAAAUAGCUCGCGACCGGGAAAACCUCAAAAAUUCGAUGAAUGCAUUGAAGCAGCGGAAACAAGAUCAUGUCAGCAAAUUCGUCGAUAUCCGAGCCCUACCCAAGAUCCCCAGAGACUAUGGAAUGCGACCAAACAAUGGAGGUGUUCCUUUGACUAAGGGAAGAGGACUUCAAGGUGCUGCCCCUAGUUCUUUGACUUGGGGUGCAGGUAGUAGAACGAAGAUGAAGGAUGGUACAAGCGUUUUGACGAGGGCACGUCGAGAAGCCAAGGAAAUGAGUCAAAGAAGCAAGCUUAGUACGCCAACUAGCAUGUUAUCGGGACGGCUUGGACAAGUGAAAAAAGCACCUGCUGGAAUGGCUCAAGGAUAUAAAAUUGCCAAUCAACCUGGUUUGAAGGUCUUGGCGAGACAUAGAUCGUCUGGCAGAAGUUCGGGUAGCGUUAGUGGACCAUCUCUUGAGGAUCGUGAACAGAGAUUACGAGAUGCAAUGGCUGGUAAAAAGAGAGACCACAAGGAGACAUUAGUUGGAUCUCCUCCUAGAUCACCUAGCUCACCAAAUUAUCAGGAUUUUGGAGAUGAUGCUGAUGACCUUUUUGAUGACGAGGAGGAACUUCAGCCAAGUUCCAAAGCAAGUCGGCCACCACCUCGUAAACCAAUUGCACCAUCAGCUCGGCUAUCUUCUUCUUCCCCUCCACCAUACAAUGGAACGUCAAAACCAUCCGACGUUAUCUCAUCUAUGGUCCAAAAAUCCAACAACUCUUUUUCACCAGCAUCUUCUCGCAUUACUUCGGCACCAUCAUCUAAAUCAGCGACACCCAAACCUAUGAUGCCUGCUCGUAAAAGACCUGCUAACGUUGAUAUCUUCAACCGUGGGCCUAAGAAACCUAAAAGAUAAUCAAAGAGUAUUUUUUAACAUUUUUUUCGAAGGGGCCGGGGGUUUUAUUGGCCAUCUCAUUUUUUAUGGAUUUUGGGUUUAGGGUUUCGGAUUCAGUAUAGGGGGACUUAGAAUAGGGACAUUUGUCAUUAGCGAGGCGUUUUGGACAUGCAAAUUGUGGCAUAGUCAGGUAUAGACAUUAUUAGACAUGGAAAGGGCUAUUGGGAUAUUGAUUUUUCACGGAUUAGUGAUUAACUAGAAAUUGACAGAUUCUGUGUAUUUUAGAACUGCAGUAGGUAGCAUUGUAAAAUGAGAUUUAUU